GUGGGACUGCGGCAGGCAUUCUGACACUGGGGGGAACUGACUUGGUGUCACUGACAUCCCCAGUGACACCAAUACAGUGAUCAGUUCUAAUAGAAAGAACUGACACUUUACUAAUGGCACUGGGCAGGAAGGGGUUAACAUGUGGGGCGAUCAAGCGGUUAGCUGUUUUACUGUAAGCACACUGCUUUGCAGGGCUCUGCUAUGCAAAGCCAUACAUAGCAGUAUGCAGGAGCUGACAGGGGAGAGAAAUCCAAGGCCGCAAAUACCUGCAUGGGUAGGGCACGCAUGCAUCUCACGCGCGUGCCCUACCUGGAAAUGCAAAAUC